GGAUGGUCUGUAUAUUGCUUGGAGAAGGUUAAAACCUGUUUGUCCAACAUGAAGUUGCUGUUGCUUCUGUUGCUCUGCAUUUCAUAUGUAAAAUGCGAUUCAGAUUACGAUGACUUUGAUAAGGUUGAGGAAACUGGAAAGGACACUAGAUCCUCAGUAGAUGCUCGGGGACACAGACCGUUGGUAAAAGGAAGAGAAGGGCCAAUAAUAUCGCAAGCAGCACCUCCUCCAAUCAGCGGGGGCAGCACCUACAAGGCCCGACCAACCAUUCCACCCCAAUCUGCACAGAUAACUCAGAAAAACAACCAGCCUGAUGAGGGGGGUUGCACUCAUCUCGGGGAAGUCAUGGGUGUACUGUGUCCAAAUGGAUGUGAACUGAAGAAUUUGAUUUUGAAACAAGAAAGAAAUGUGAAAGGAACAUUGGCCUCACUGAAAAGUGAGGUGUCCGCUCUCUCUCAAAACUCUGACCACAUCUUUCAAUAUGUGAACAGUAUGUCAAAUGUCAUUAAUGAGCGGCAACGGCAAACCCUAGAUAACACCAAUGUAGUGGAUGAAUAUACCACUGAAUUGGAGGAGCAGCAUGCCUAUCUGAAAGAAAACUUAGAUACAACCAUUCCAUCAAGCAUCCGUCUGCUUCAAGGGGUCUUGGAUAAACUGCGCUCUAAAAUACAGAUGCUGGAGGAGGCCAUUAAUAAACAGAAAACAUACUGUGCCAGACCCUGCACCACAUCCUGCAACAUCCCAGUGCUGUCUGGAAAAGAAUGUGAAGACAUAUUCAGAAAGGGUGGCGAUUCUUCAGAGAUGUAUCUGAUCCAACCUGAUUCCUUCUUUAAACCCUACAAAGUAUAUUGUGACAUGACAAGCCAAGGCGGAGGAUGGACAUUGAUUCAGAACAGGCAGGAUGGCAGUGUUGACUUCGGCAGAAGAUGGGACAGCUACAGAAACGGGUUUGGAAAUAUUGCAGUGGAUAAUGGCAAAGGUUUCUGCAAUGCCCCAGGAGAGUACUGGCUUGGAAACGAUAAGAUCAGCCAACUUACAAAAAUGGGACCAACUGAACUCCUAAUCGAGAUGGAAGACUGGAACGGAAACAGGGUCCAUGCUCACUACAGCCAGUUCACACUGCAUAAUGAAGCCACCAAGUACACACUGGCGGUUGGCAACUACAAAGGCAAUGCUGGCAACUGCCUUCUGGAAGGAGCUCAGCAGCUAUAUGGGGAAAACAGGACUAUGACCAUCCACAAUGGCAUGAUGUUCAGCACGUAUGACAGAGACAAUGACAGAUGGGCACCUGGAGAUCCAGGCAAGCAGUGCUCCAGAGAAGACGGUGGUGGCUGGUGGUAUAACCGCUGUCACUCAUCGAAUCUCAAUGGCCGGUACUACUGGGGAGGACCGUAUACUAAAGCAAUGGCCAAACAUGGAACAGAUGAUGGACUUGUGUGGAUGAAUUGGAAGGGAUCCUGGUAUUCCCUGAAGGCUGUCCAUAUGAUGAUCAGACCGUUCUUCUCAGGCUGAGAGUAGCAAUCAUGCCACUGGGGUAACAAACAAACAAAACACGAAAACAAUACAACACAUUUAUGAACAGCGGUGUACUGUUUCUUUCUUAGUUACUUAAAUGAACAAAAAUGGGUUUUCAAAAACAAGCUAUUUUAAAGGGAUUGUUUAUUUCAUUCACUUGUUAAUGAUAAAAUCAAGAGUGACUUGUGUUGGUACUUUCUUUUUGGGCUAACUUCAUAUUGCAGGAACAGAUUCUUGCAAAAGUACCAUAGUAAAGUGUAAUAAAUCAUAAUGACAGCACGGUAAAGCAUAGAUAAGCCUAGAGAGGUAUGAUAAAGCAUAUUACAAAACAUGGCAAACCAUGGCAAAUGUAUCAUAUAAACAUGGGAAAACUGAAAAAUUACCAUGCACAUUUACCACGCUAAACUUUUAUAAGCGGAGGUAUAAACAAUCUUUUUAAUUAUUUGGUUUAUUAUUAUUAUUUUUUAAAACAGCAUAACUUUGAGUUCAUGUAAUGCCCAUGUUCAUGUAUUCCAAGCAUAAGAAAAAUAAAACCGUGGUAAAAAAAACAACAGACAUUAAACCAAGUCUGAUCUACAGAGAUCAACGAUCUGUGCAGUUAUCCCACUGUGUCACAAAAUAUGUUUUAAUAAACAGAAAAUUAAUUCCAAA